GGUCCGGCCCGCCGUGGCGCCUCGUCGCUGCUCGGCCCCGAAGGCUUCUUCCUUGGCAAGAUGGGAUUCCGGGAGGCGGUGGCGGCCGGAGACGUGGAUUUGCCUCAGGUGCGGGAGGAGCUCGAGGCCCAACUAAGCUGCUUCCGAGAGCUGAUGGGCAGGGCCCCCACGCACGUGGAUGGCCACCAGCACGUGCACGUGCUCCCAGGCGUGUGCCAGGUGUUCGCCGAGGCGCUGCAGGCCUAUGGGGUGCGCUUUACGCGACUGCCGCUGGAGCGCGGUGUGGGUGGCUGCACUUGGCUGGAGGCCCCCGCGCGCGCCUUCGCCUGCGCCGUGGAGCGCGACGCCCGGGCCGCCGUGGGCCCCUUCUCCCGCCACGGCCUGCGGUGGACAGACGCCUUCGUGGGUCUGAGCACUUGCGGCCGGCACAUGUCCGCUCACCGCGUGUCCGGGGCCCUGGCGCGGGUCCUGGAAGGUACCCUAGCGGGCCACACCCUGACAGCCGAGCUGAUGGCGCACCCCGGCUACCCCAGUGUGCCUCCCACCGGCGGCUGCGGUGAAGGCCCCGACGCUUUCUCUUGCUCUUGGGAGCGGCUGCAUGAGCUGCGCGUCCUCACCGCGCCCACGCUGCGGACCCGGCUUGCCCAGGAUGGCGUGCAGCUUUGCGCCCUCGACGACCUGGACUCCAAGAGGCCAGGGGAGGAGGUCCCCUGUGAGGCCACUCUGGAACCCUUCCUGGAACCCUCCCUACUCUGACCCGCUACCGACAACCAAGCACUAAUCCCCUUACUACCAAGCAAGGGGAGCCAGGAUUUAGUCCUGGCCCAGCCCAGAACCGGUCCCUGGAGCAGGGUCUGUUGACUUCCCUGGGUAGGACACUGCCACGUCUGGGCCCAGGUCCUCAUGGCUCCAAAUGGUAUCUAGAGUUUGAGCAGCCUUCUUGGCUGCAGGCGGGUCCAUCCUGUGGCAGCGGGCUAGGGCCCGCAGAGCAUUUGGUGCCCCUCCAUGCUGCAGUGCAAACACCUUCACCACUGGGGCAGUGGGGAAAGAUGGCUAUAUUAAUAAAAUAACGUGUGUCUUUCAAA